CCCCUUUUUUAAUGAAUUAGUUCAACUUGUACUUGAGUUCUUGAAAGGAAUUCCCUUAAUUAUACAAUCUUUAUUCUUUUUGGGGAAAUUGACAUAAAUAGUUGCUGGCCCAAAAAAAAAAAUUGCCAUAAUAUUUGUAUAGAGCAUGUGUAUUAUCUAUAGCUGAUGUAGACAUUUUUUGCUGAGCAACCAAAUCUGUAACUUCCCUCUUUCUCUUUUUACCUCAAUAGUGUAUUAUUUUGCUUAAAGUUUGAAUCUUUUUGCUUCUCAAAGUAAAACUGUACUUCGGUAAAUGGGUUCUUGAAGGGGGUAUGAUUGAUGAAAGAAAAAAGAGAUUUUGUGAUAUAUUUUUCAGUAUCAAGUGUAUUUAUAAUGCUAUUAGUGAUGAAUUAAUCUAAUUUGUACUUUUGUGCUUGAAGGAGUUUCCCCCAUCUAUACAACAGCAAGUAGGGGUACGAUUGGUGGGGUUUCCAUCAGCUAUACAAUCCACAUUGCCAAGACUAUUGGUUACUAGAUGUAUCUCAGAAAGUUUCUCAGAUCCACUUGGGCCUAAUGACUUUGAAUCACUUGAGAAUUUGAAACAAAAAGAGAACGCCUUUUUGACAAUUUUGAAGGGAGCAAACUCUUUUCUGCCCCAUGUGGUUCUUGCUAGCACAAUUUUGGCUCUUAUCUAUCCACCUUCUUUUACUUGGUUUACCAACAGGUACUAUGCCCCUGCAUUAGGAUUUUUAAUGUUCGCUGUUGGAGUCAAUUCAAGUGAAAAGGACUUUCUUGAAGCUUUCAAGAAACCUGCUGCCAUUUUUGCUGGUUAUAUCGGUCAAUUUGCUUUGAAGCCACUACUCGGGUAUCUUUUUGGCACAGUUGCAAUGUCUGUAUUGGGUCUUCCAACUUCCUUAGCUGCAGGGAUUAUGUUGACCUCUUGUGUUAGCGGAGCACAGCUGUCAAAUUAUGCUACUUUUCUAACCGAUCCACAAAUGGCCCCUCUUAGUAUAGUGAUGACAGCGUUAUCUACAGCUACUGCUGCUUUUAUCACCCCGACAUUAACUUUAUUGCUUAUUGGGAAAAAGUUGCCUGUGGAUGUUAAGGGAAUGAUUUCCAACAUACUCCAGAUUGUUGUUGCACCUGUUGCUGGUGGGCUCUUUCUGAAUAGAUGCCUCCCACAGAUUUCAAAUGCCAUUCGGCCGUUGUUGCCUCCCCUGUCAGUUUUUGUGACUGCUCUCGCUGUAGGAGCUCCACUCGCUAUUAACAUAGAUUCCCUCAUGUCCCCUUCUGGAAUGUCUGUUUUGUUCCUAGUGAUUGCAUUUCAUUUAUCAGCUUUCAUCUUGGCCUAUUUUCUUUCCGGCCUAGCCUUCCACAAAGCACCCGAUGUCAAAGCUCUACAAAGAACACUGUCAUACGAAACAGGCAUGCAGAGCAGUCUUUUGGCCCUUGCUCUUGCCAAUAAGUUUUUUCAAGAUCCCCUUGUUAGUGUCCCACCAGCUAUAUCAGUUGUGAUCAUGUCAUUAAUGGGCUUCACACUAGUGAUGCUGUGGACUAAGAAAAAAGAAACUGUUAUGGAGUGAUAAAAAUUAUCAUUCAUCGAGUUUCGAAUCGUCUGUUGACUGAUCCUCGAAAAUUUCUCGAUUAUCAAAAAAAAAAAAUCCACACAUUAUCUGUCCUAACAGUGCUUGUAAUGUCAAGAACCUAAUGGUACAACUAAAGACGGCAUCACCAAAUGUUGUGUGGAAUUUUAUUUUCUAUAUGUAAUUUUCAGUAGAAAUAAAUGUGUACUACAUUUUUCUUUUGCUA